CUCGGCACCGGCAGACGGUCGGCAUGCUGGAAGAGGAGACUAGGUGAUGGUCUCUGACGAGUAGGACGGUUUAACGUAGACUACUUUCAUAUUUCUGUCUCCGUAGUGUUCGCCUGGUUGACAUUAUUGUCCCUGGUGCAGCUUGUCUUCUAGCCGAAUGAGGAAACCGCUGCUUCCUCGCUUCCUGUUUCUAAUCUGUCAGAAAACGCACCAACUCGCAUCAUGGUGGCCGGGGAGCUCGUGCAGGAGCAUCUGCGCGCGGACACCGGCGCACCUGACGACAUCACGGUGAAGCCUCGCGAGCCGCAGGGAGCAGCCGAGCGGCGCGAGGAUCACACACACGGAGCGGCGCCGGCGAGCGGGGCCGAGGAGACGGACGCAAGCCGGGAGCAGGAGACCGAGAAGGAGGCGCAGCCGGAUGAAAGAGCGGCGAUGCUGCCCGACGGAGGAGGCGGGGAGGCGGAGGGGGAGGAGGGGAAGAAGCUAGAGACGAGACUGUACUGGCGCCGGUUCGCUGUGCUGACCGUUUUCAGCCUGUACUCGCUGGUGAACGCCUUCCAGUGGAUCCAGUACAGCAUCAUCGCCAAUGUGUUCACCAGGUAUUACGGGGUGGCCAACGACAAGGUGGACUGGCUCUCCAUCGUCUACAUGGUGGCCUACGUGCCGCUCAUCUUCCCCGCCACCUGGCUGCUGGACCGGAAAGGUCUGCGGCUGACGGCCCUGCUGGGCGCCGGCCUCAACUGCGCCGGCGCUUGGCUCAAAUGCGCCAGCGUGAGCCCCGAGCUGUUCGGAGUCACCGUCACCGCGCAGGUCAUUUGCUCCGUGGCGCAGGUGUUCAUCCUCGGCCUGCCCUCUCGCCUCGCCUCGGUGUGGUUCGGACCCCGGGAGGUUUCCACCGCUUGCGCGACGGCCGUGCUGGGGAACCAGCUGGGAACAGCGAUCGGCUUUCUGUUGCCUCCAGUUUUGGUUCCUAACACACCUAAUGAUGUUCAACUGACGGGUCACAACAUCAGCGUCAUGUUCUACGGCACAGCUGCUGUCUCCACGGCGCUCUUCGUCCUCACGGUUAUAGUGAUAAAGGACCGACCUCCUCUCCCUCCCAGUCAAGCCCAGGCUGUCUUACCCGACUCUCCUCCUGAAGAUUACUCCUACAAACAAUCCAUUAUCAACCUGAUAAAGAAUAAAGCCUUCAUCCUGCUGCUCGUUAGCUAUGGUAUAAUGACUGGUUCCUUUUACUCUGUCUCAACACUUCUCAACCAGAUGAUCAUGGCCUGCUAUGAGAACCAGGAGCUGAAUGCUGGAAGGAUUGGUUUGACUCUUGUUGUCGCUGGGAUGGUCGGCUCCAUCCUCUGUGGCCUGUGGCUGGACCACACAAAGACAUACAAGAUGACCACUCUAAUCGUUUACAUCCUCUCGUUUCUGGGUAUGGUGGUCUUUACCUUUACCCUGGACCUUGAUGACAUCUACCUAGUCUUCUUCACUGCUGGAGUCCUUGGGUUCUUUAUGACAGGUUACUUGCCUCUGGGCUUUGAGUUUGGAGUGGAGAUCACCUACCCAGAGUCUGAAGGAACAUCGUCCGGACUCCUCAAUGCUUUCGCUCAGAUAUUUGGGAUCAUUUUCACACUGAUUCAGGGAAAACUGACCACAGAUUACAAUCCACUGGCUGGAAAUCUCUUUCUCUGCGCCUGGAUCUUCCUGGGAAUCCUUCUCACUGCCUUAAUUAAAUCAGAACUGAAAAGACACAAUGUCAACAUGGGAGCAGACAGCAACCACCUGCAAGCACUUCCUACUGAGUGUCUCGGGGACUGCCCUUUAGAGAAGAAAAGCAACGGAGUCAAGCUGGAGCCCUCAAUCAGCUUUUCCCGUGAAACCUCACUGUGACCUGCCAAGUCACUGGACAGCUGAGGAGGUCCCCCUGCUGCCCCGGGAAACAUGCCGGCGCCACAAUCUACGUGAAGUUCCACAAAGGUGCACCUGAUUUUAAUUGCAAAGUAUAAUCUCCUCAGUAACUGGAAAGCUGGAGCUCUCUGGGCGUGCACCACCUCUAAUCGAGCACGGCCACAAUCUAUAGUGGAUUCAGACCAGGGGACCAUCAUGCUACAGAGGGAGUUGAACAAUGCUCCAUUCAAGCCGUCAAAGAGCCACUGAAUGUCUUGAGGCUUCUGACGUUUGCAUUGAGGAAGCACCACUGUGGGUUUCCUCUUGGAGAGGUCGCUGUGGAUGCAUAAAAUGAGUAUGCAAGCAAUGACAUGCAGAAGAAGCUCCACUGCACUUUAUACUGUAAGUGAAGCAUGGCAUUUAGUUUGGUUAUUUUAUGUAAAUGCAGGUUUGAAGGUAAACAGACUGGUAAAAUGAGCUUCCAGGUCCUGGAUGGCUAUCACCUGGUUUCACAGGAGCAGGUGAAGAGGGCCAUUCUGCUUGGUUUUGCACUGCAGCCACUGCACCAGGCCAACAUUUCCUGAGUUUACUUGAAUUAUCCUUUGAUGCUCUAGACCGCAUUUGUGAAAACCAUCGGACAUAUUGCUCAUUUGGUUUCUUUCCAUGUUGAUAAUCCAACAGGAGCUUGGACUCCGAUUCCAUCCUGAAAUCUUUUCUGCUUCGGUUAAGGAUUAGCAGCAUAAGUCAUGUUUAUUUUCCGAAGAGGCAGCAUGUAUUUCAGAAUGUCCAAGAUGCAGUUCAUUUUGAACACUGGUAGGACUAAUAAUGGCAGUGAGUCCUGGGAUGUCUAGACAGAUAUAAAGUGCAUGGAAGUAAAUGCAUCUUCCUCAGCUGACUUUCUCUAAAAUAAUCAUGGAAAUUUUCACAGGUUUUUAUUUGCUGGUUCUUUAGGAGAGAGACGUUUACAUAUGAAUGUGCUUUUUAUCUCCUCUAGAUAGCAUGUCAGUCUGUUAAUGUCCAGUGAAUGAGGAAAAAUUGGAAACAUUUCUGUCUUUCAGAUUCCAGGGAUGCAUCCCUCAGCUUUUUCCCUCCUGUCCUUCCAUUUACUCUCUACCACACAGGGACAAAGAGAGAGGAAUGGAGGUGGAGGAAAGUUAUUUGUCACUUAUGAGGGGGUCCAAACUGAUACCAACAAUCAAAACUCUUUGCUCAUAAUUCACAUCAUUCAAAAAGUAAAUGAUAACCAAUCUGUUGAGUCUUUAUCUACGGGCUUCUUUAUAAAGUGAUGUAUUUUAGUCAUUGCAGGAUUUUUUUCUUCUAUUUGACUGGCAGUCACCUACCUGCAACAACUAAUGUUUGACAUUCGUCUGUCUCUGUAGGAAUCCUGUCCAUGAUGUUGUCAGACACUUCUAGUAACCUCUGAGUCUGUCAGUGGCAAAAUCCAGCGCUUUGACAUGGACAAAUUCCCCAUCAGGCAACAUUGCAGCUGUUUUGCCAGUGCUAGUUAAAGCUUUGUCACUCCAUAGUGGAUCGAUUCCAAACAUUUCUGUUUCUUUUAGUCAUUUAUGCGCAGAACAUCAAGAUAGUUGGGCCUAGGUUUAAAAGUACUGAGAUUAACUUUUAAUGUGAAACAGUUGCUAUCACAAAAAGUAAAUGAUGCAUGUGGAGAAAAUUUAUAAACUCUAAAAAGAUUUUAAAAAACAAACAAUUAUGAUGUCAGAGAAAUAGCUUUCUGCAUAAUUAAAACACAAUAUGUGGUGGAUACAAUAUGUGGCUGGCUUGUUUCAAUGACAACACAGAUGUGCUGCUGUGUUCAAACCACUCAAACUCAAACCACUAUGGACCAAACAGAAUGUGAAACCGUUCUGAGUUCAGUGCACAAUGAGAAACACGCACAACUUCAAGUUUUGUACUCAAAUGCAUGAUUUUCGAUGUGUUUUAAAUGUUGACUGUUGUCCGUUAUUACACUGAGAAUCUGUGUGUAUGUAUAAGCUGCUGUUGGUGAGACGUGGAGGAGUGACAGAAAGAAAGCCGCAAACAGUGGAAAAGGAGAAGCACAAAACACUUUAGUUUUCCAUUGUCACGUUCAUGUUGUCUCUCAUGUAUAUAUUGACUUUUGCUGAAAUAAUUUUUCUAUUUUAAUCUUUCUUUUAUAACUCAGAAGUAUACUUUUUAAACUUUGAUAUGAAUGCUGUUAACUUCUGUUUAACUGACACUUAGCCUACAUCCACUUCUUUGUCCAAACUCUUAAACCGAGUCAACAAGACAUUCAUUCUGUGGCAUUAAUGUGACAGAGUUCACUGGUCUCUACUGACAACAUACCAGCUCACACAGUUUUCCAAGUAAACCAAUCUAUUCAUCAAUGAAUCCACAACUUACAAGUUACUUUACAGAUUCUAAUUGAGUCAAUGUAAUGUUUAAUUUAUUUGAAGUAAAUUAUGUGUUGUUAGGACUUAAAGUAGGGCUUUAUUGUUUCCCACAGCAUGAAUUUGUGAGCCCCACAGCAUAUUAGAACCCAUCUUCACCGCCUACAACAAGAAAGUAAUACAUACAUGAAAGAAUCACAGUUCUUUUAUUUUAUAUUUUGAUGCAGAUUUUACACUUUUGUGCUUUUACGUAAGUAAAAUCCCUAAAAGAUGUGAGCACGUCUUCCAUUACUCUUAUAAAGAAUGCAUUAUUUGGUAAGGAAAAUAUAUAUUUAGGGAUUCUUUAUUUUGUUUUAUUUUACAAAUAGCAGUAAUUCCACCACAUCUUUACCCCAACAAGCUUCGUGUCAGUUAACGUUUUUCUAUCUUUACUGGAAAUGGAAAUCAAACUACUGCUCUGUUAGGGCAGUAUUAGUUGCUGUAAAGAGCACGACAUUCCAAAGACACUGCUGUAGAAUCAAUAUUACUUAACAGCAUUUGGCAGUGACAGUUGGGUGUUACAACAUCAGGCGUUUUGCUCAUUUUUCUCUGAAAUACUGACAUUUUUAUGCUUUACCUUUAACAUGGUAGCGUACUUCUCCAAACCACUAUUCAAACUUCUUUUUAACUACUUCAUGGUUAAAAUAAUUUAUUUGCUUCUACUCUUCUUGCAAGCCUAAAAUAUUUUGUGUCUAAUUUUUUUUUUUUUUUUUUUUUUUAGGAAUGUUUGAUGCAUUCUUCUGUUUUUGGUUUCUAGCUAAUGAUGAUGAAUCUUUUCUUUGUCUUUCUCAAAUUUUUGUAACGAGCUUUUGUAGAGCACGAAGUCUUGGGAUCUGGUCAUAUCAUUUAUUUUUCAUGUCAAUGCAGACUAUUUAUUUACCUGUGAAUAAAUAAAUUAUUGUAAAGGGCACUGAGUGAACGUUUGAGAGGGAGAAUGAUAUGUGGUGCUCUGGUUUGAUUGGUUUGUUUGGGUGGUUAUAUUUUGCUUGUCUCCAUCUUGAUAUGAACAUUUCUCUAUAUGACCAAAAUGCGUCAUGUGAAAUCAGUAAAGCAUAUUUACGUGUUGUGAUACCGUAUUAAACCCACUAAAUUUGU